CAUCAGAAGUCAACUGCACAGGAAGAGGAAGUUCUCGCUUACAUACUUGUUGUAUUUCAGUCUGAUGUUCAGACAGCAGCAAGACAACAUGGAUGUCACAUCUCUCUGCUUCAGACUGUUGACGCUUGAAUUCAUUCUUCUGGGGACAGAAGUGCAGAACAGUUAUUCUCAGGAAAGUGGUGCAGCUUUUCUUUGGAUCAGUCCGAACAGGCUGCAGCACUUUGAAUAUGAGUCCGUCUCUUUUCACUGUGAGGGGACUGAUGGGUCCACUCAGCUGAAAGGAAUCAGGAUUACUGAGGAAUUUAAACCAGUAUGUGAUAUUAAGAGGACGCCAAAAGGGGCCUUCUGCACUAUUGAUAAAAUCUAUACAGUCGAUAGUGGAGAAUACUGGUGUGAGACUGAAGGGGGAGAAAAAACCAACAGAGUCAACAUCACUGUCACUGCUGGUUCUGUAAUUUUGGACAGUCCUGCUCUUCCUGUGAUGGAGGGACACAUUGUGACUCUGUGCUGCAGAAGCAAGACCAGUUCCAACAAGCUCUUAGCUCAUUUCUACAAGGAUGGCGUCCUCCUGCAGGGCAGUCCUGCAGAAGAGAUAACCAUUAACAAUGUCUCCAAGUCUGAUGAAGGCAUCUACAAGUGCAGCUCCUCUGAGGGUGAAACAUCUCCAGGAAGCUGGCUGGCUGUCAGAGCAAAUUCUCGAUCCCGUCAUGAAGAGACCCUCCCCGAUGACUCAGAGUCCCCCCAUGUCUUCACCCUGCUGUGGAUUGCUGUCACUGUUUUAGUGAUGGCUCUGGUGCUGCUGCUGGUGGGAUUCCUCCAUGUUAGGAAACACAGAGUGAUGCUCUGCUUUUCCUCAAAGACUCCACCAGCAGCAUCACAGUCGGGUGAGGACGAUCAACACGUCUCUGGAGCGGACUCUGGUGUGACGUAUGCAGUCGUCAUCACAAAACAGAGAAAGAAUAAAGACUCGGCAGACGCUGUUGAUAAUUUGAGCCCAGGAACAAACCACAGCAGAAAGCCACAGAGGGAAAGAGAUGACGAUGAGUCCUCACUUCAACCCAUUUACUCCACCUUAAAAACAACAACCAAAGACUCAACAGAAGAGGAACUGUAUUCUCCUGUUCAGAAGACCACAAAGAGCAGAGAGACCUGAGUGAAGAAAGGAGGAAUUAUUAGAAAUAUUGCUGAAUUGUAAAGCUUUGUGUUGAACUUAUUUGUGUGUGGUUAGUCAUUUCAUUGUAGUGUAUUAUGUAUUAAUAGAACGUUUCACAGUAGAAGUCAACAGAAAUAUGUCUAUAUGUACAUCAAACCCUUCAUAUCUCAGAUUGUUUGAUUUGUAUUUUCUGUUCACUCUGUAACAUAACAAAUUUAAGAUAAAUAUAAAUAUACAAUUAAACAAAUGAAAUGGCCGUGUACACCUGCACUAUGAGACGCUUUAAUAGAUUGGAAAUAAAGUUAGGCAGUACAGGACGAGUACAGUUAUUAUAUAAUUAUAUAUCAUUACAUUACAUUUAACAACUUUUUCUGCUGUCACUUUGUGAGAAGAUGCAGUUACUAACCCUUCAACCAAAAGACUUCAAACAAAGAAUUCUGUUUACAACUAAAUAAUAUCUAAUGAUAUAUGUGAAUAUUAACAUAGGCUGUUGUUUUUCCAGGUGCAGGUGGGGUGUUUUUUGUCUUUUUGUUUCACUUUGUAUGUACAUUUUAGGAAAGGGCUUUAGCUUUCAGACUAGAUUAAAGUUAAUGUGGAAAAAUGGCAUAUAUUCGUUUUAGAGGAGGCCCUAACUGAAUUGUGAGAGGGAGCAUAAAGGGAAAACACAUUAGUAAAUGUGUGCUAUGCUGCCAGCGUGGCUUUAGGGAUGGCAGUGUCAGUCAGUAAGUCCACCACUUUGGCCCUGAAUAUCUCAGCAACUAUGAUGGAUUGUACAUUAACCCCAGUUCUGUUCUUAAUAAAACAUUAUUAGUAGUUAAA